GAUCUAGGUACGGUACCUUGGCUGUGAUUAUCUGCCCCAAUUUACCAACGACCAUCAGCUGCCCAGGGUGUGUGUGACUUUCGGGCCCUUUGGAGCUUCUCAAUCUGGGGUUCUGUCUGACGCAAGCAGAGGACAAGGCAAGGUUGCAAGGAUACAGCCACUACUGCAACCCCCAAGCCUCCACUGGAAAGGAACUUCGAACCAAUCCCAAACUCUACGCAUCGCUCUAAUAAUUCACCGUCGUUCUAUCUAUUCUUCAUUCCUGCUCUGGCUGAGAGCUGUACUACUUAGGUCUAGGGACCCAGUAGAUUGGUUUUCUUAUCCUCGAAACGAGACCGCCAAAUUUACGGUCGCACUGCUCGUUUGCUCUCUGCUCCGUUGUCGCAUCUUGCAGAGUGCACUAGAUUGACACAGCAAUUCCCACCAGCCACCCGCCCCCCCAAGGGUUUGUUUCCGAUCGAGCGGGACUGAUUAAUCAGGAUUGUCGUCCAAUUCCUGCUGCAAACCGGCCGUACAUACACAACCGACUCUGUCAUCAACCAAUACGUCUUUGUCUUGGUGCCGCUCACUAAACCGCCUAUACCUCCGAGCCAUCGAAUUUCUGGCCCGGGACCCUAUCCGGCUAAAAUAUCCCCACUCCGACGACGUAUUUGGCGUCUUGCCUCGCUGGCGAAAGUCUACUUGACCCCCACGCCCUGGCACAGUUGGCGAUCAAGUUGCUAUCCCGGGCGACCCGUGUCCGCCCGUCUAUCACAAUCGCUCGCCAGCCGUUUGUUGCACAGUCCUGCUGUCACAGGCCAGCUACGUGCUGUCUUAACAAUUCUUCCACGACUUGCGAUCCGAUCGCUGCAGCCGGCAGCCUUCCAUCUCGGGUAAUCGAACGAACGACGAAGCAUAUCCCAUCCGCUCUCGACAACAAAGCAUCCGCAACGGGGGACUUGCAUCUCCUACGUUCUGCUAGACAGAAAGGUUUAUACGCGACGACUCGUCGAUGGGAUCCGAUUAGGCUGGGUGCGUUGGCCAUUGUAAGCCGCCCGGGCAACGACCUUUGCCAGCGCAGCGCGCAGCCCCUCGAGUCCCAGGCCCCACGCCAUUAAGGGCGCAACGAAAGAGGCCUUGAAACCCAAUACAAUUGGGUUCCCUGGCCAACAGGACCAUUCAUGAUGGGCGCUUGCAUGAGUGCGAGCUCGGAGGAGUCGGAACAGAAGAAACGCAGUCAAAAGAUUGAUAAGGAUCUCGAGGAGGACUCAAAGAGAUUGAGGCGAGAAUGCAAGAUUCUACUGCUUGGUUCUGGCGAGAGUGGCAAGUCCACAAUCGUCAAGCAGAUGAAGAUUAUACAUCUGAAAGGCUACUCGGAUGACGAACUUUACAACUACCGGCCAACGGUCUUCAAGAAUUUAAUUGAAUGUGCGAAAGCCGUGAUCAGCGCCAUGAGGCAAUUCGACAUAGAACCGCAGCUGGAAGGGAACAAAGAACUUUGCGACUAUCUGCUCGACUACAUGGUCGAGUCGGGACCACAGGCAGAGAUAGACCCCAAGGUCGGUCAAGCUGUGCAGUCAAUAUGGAAUGAUCCUGCAAGGGAACAGUUGAUGGACAGGCAGACCGAGUUUUACCUGAUGGACUCGGCAGAAUACUUCUUCCAAGAGGUUCUGAGGAUUGUCUCUCCCGACUACCUGCCCAAUGAGAUGGAUGUUCUUCGCGCAAGAACAAAAACUACAGGCAUAUACGAGACACGCUUUCAGAUGGGCCAACUGAGCAUACACAUGUUUGAUGUAGGAGGCCAGAGGAGUGAGCGUAAGAAGUGGAUCCACUGCUUCGAGAACGUGACAUCCAUCAUCUUUUGCGUUGCACUGAGUGAAUACGAUCAAGUUUUACUUGAAGAAAGCAGUCAAAACCGCAUGAUGGAAAGCCUUCUGCUCUUCGAUUCGGUGGUAAAUUCGAGGUGGUUCAUGAGGACCAGUAUCAUAUUGUUCCUCAACAAGGUGGAUAUUUUCAAGCAGAAACUUGGCCGAUCGCCUCUCGGCAACUACUUCCCAGAUUACUCUGGAGGCAACGAUGUUAACAAGGCAGCCAAGUACUUGCUGUGGCGUUUUAACCAAGUUAACAGGGCUCACCUAAACCUAUAUCCUCAUCUUACGCAAGCUACCGACACCUCGAACAUUCGACUUGUCUUUGCGGCAGUAAAAGAGACUAUACUCAACAAUGCCCUGAAGGACUCAGGUAUUCUGUAAUCCGCAGCAAUUCUGACCUACAUUUUCAUUCUAGUUCCUUCCUUAUACGCCCAACCUUUGCACCUUAUGUUUUUUAUUGAUACCACGAUCAACUUCAUACUGAAUCUAUCUUGCCACGGCACUUAUAUUAUACUAGCAUCAGCUCGGAGUUAUGGUGGGGCGGCUUCUGCUGUUAUGACUACAAACACUUUCCCUCACUUCUUUUCGCUCACCCUUAUUGUUACGUUUUUUUCUCAUCAUGGCCAAAGCGGCUCUCCAUACAAGAUGUUGCGUCGAUUUAUUACCCUUUUCCCCCUUCGGGUUCGGCGGUCGAGUAGCUGCAAAUUGAGCUUGUUCACGACCAUUAUGAGGAACAUAUUUUGCACUCCAUUCGUGUGGAGCUAUUUGUCCUGCACUUACGGGCUUGGAUCGGCAAUAUAGCAGUUCAGCUUUGGACCGCACUAAUGUACCACGCUUUCAGACUGGAUAUAGAGAGGGAGAAACACGUGGCGACCCAACCUACCCAGAUCUGUCUGUAAUACGCAAGAAUGAAUGGCAUUCUGUCCUGCAAAAGAGGCUCAACUGUGAGGCUAUGUUACCCCUGCCGGAGAUGCAAAUCAAAGUUGCUUCCUGAACCAUGCGGAGUAAGUGGCCUUCGAGGGGGCACUAAAGGUCGUCAACGGGCCUUUGCAUUUGCUUUUCCGUCCAACUGCUUGGCGGCAAACAAAAAAGUCUAGGAGGAUCAACGGGCAAGAAGAAACCAACGGGUCAGAAAGUUUCGCGGGCAAACGCCCUCUGGCGAUAGUGCAACAGGCUGGCUGCUUGUCUUUGUAUGUGAACAGAUCACGGCACAAGAGAACAAGAAGUUCAACCGAAGACGCAAGAGGCACUAAACUGUGGUUGUCUGGUUUCGGCCCUAGUAGGGUCUUGGCUAUGCGGGGGUUGGCUGGUGAACGGCGACUCUGGGCUGAGACUUAAUUGCCUGCCGCUUAUGUAACCUACCUUACCUUAGUUCCUCGCCAAGGGACGAGACGUACCGCAGUGGCGUCCAUGAGGUAAAUGCCAAGAUGCAAGUGUCACUUUAUAAACAGACGCUAUACUAGCUAGCUGAGCAACAUAGCUUGAGCUUUGGUCGCAGCUCUUGAAGCUGUGGUCUCUAGUGUAUGCUAGCUGCAAGCAGUGAUGUCCACUCUAAGAACGAGGUUGAAAACAUAUCGUGCAACAAAAGCCUUUUCGUGGUUGGGUUAAAACAAAUAGAUAGCCUACAAUCAAUGUUAUACACCUGGGCCGAAUGCAAUUGGGGUUUAGAGCCAG